AUGGAAAAGAAGAUUCGAGACGUGCCCGAAGGCUUUGAACAAUACUCUGACCCAAAGACGGGAAAGAAAUAUCUCUACAACGCUACCACAAAGGAAACGAGAUGGGUUGAAGAUAAAACACCCGAAUGGGCUAAAAAAGAUAAAACUGCCGAAACCCUUCUAAAGAAGACAGACGGCGGAGAAAAGAUUUUCAAGGGUAGUGGUGAUUUGGCCAAUCCCAUUACCAACAUGGAUCACAUGCCCAAAAAGUAA